AUGGCUGAAGAGUCCACUUUGCCUGACGUGACGAAGCUUUCAGAUGAUGAAGUAGUAACGACACCGGUUGGCAAGCCGACCAAAGCUUUGUCUUCACCGAGUGCCCCUGAGAAGGUCAAGGUCAAGGCCAAGGCCAAGGCCGAGGCCAAGGCCGUUGUCCAGAAAAGGCCGGCUACUCGCAGCACAGUGUUGAAGCGGCCUGCUGCCAGAUCGGACGAUGCAGAAGAGUCAGAGUCAAUGCCGGUCAAACGACCAGCCACCGCGGGUGCUGAGCAUGGUGGAGAUUCAGAUGGUCCAAUCAAAGCUUACAAGGAGUUUCGCAGAGCCACUGGAAGCUAUAGCAUCAGGGUCAAGAAGGGCGAUGGUCCGAAGAGGGAGCUCUUCAGG